CUCGCCGACUUCCAGCCAGUUGCAGUUCGAUAUUUAAAUUGAAAUUAAUUUUUUUUAUCGCCUUGCUGAAUUGCAUUUUUUUUAAAUCACCCGAUCACGAUACCAGUAGAACAGUGUUGUUGUAGUAAAAAAUGGCGAAUAUUUUUAAAAUCCUAAGAUGUGCCAUUAUUUUGUUAAUAGCAGACAGCACUAUGGUCAAUUUUAGGGUGCUAGCGAGAGCAAUGUCUACGGUGGCGAAGUGUUUUGAAGCCAAUGGCGUAGUGCCUGAUGUCAUCCCGACGGCACCGACUGCUUUGGCCACUGUAAGGUACCCAAGCGGUGUAGAGGUGAAAGAGGGCAAUGAACUGACUCCAACUCAGGUGAAAGAUAUCCCUACAGUGACAUGGGAUGCCAGUAAUAACGAGCUCUAUACAUUGGUAAUGACUGACCCCGACGCACCAUCCCGCAAAGAACCAAAGUUCCGUGAAUGGCAUCAUUGGCUAGUCGGCAACAUUAAGGGCAACCAGGUUGGGACUGGAGAGACUCUGUCCGCUUACAUCGGCUCUGGUCCACCGGAGGGUACCGGCCUUCACCGUUACGUCUUCCUGGUCUACAAACAGCCUGGAAAACUUAGCUUUGAUGAACCUAGACUGACUAAUACCUCUGGCGACAAUCGCGGUGGGUUCUCGAUUGCAAAAUUCGCCGCGAAGUACAACUUGGGCGACCCGGUGGCUGGCAACUUCUACCAAGCCCAGUGGGACGAUUACGUGCCCAUCUUAUACAAACAAUUGGGCGCUUAAAUCUUAACAAAGACACGGUAGUAACUGCUUAAAGUAUCUGGUUUGGUCCAUACACAUCGCACGAAAAUGCCACCAGUGUACUGACAACCGUUCAUUGAACACAUCAGGUCCCUGUACCUUGUCCAACAUUUUAUUUUAUUUUUGACA